AUGUUACGUAAUAAAAUUUUAGUUAUAGGACGUAGAGGAGUAGGAAAAUUUUCAAUAAAUCAUUCUGGAAAAAAGAUUCCAUGGAAUAUUGUGACAAAAUAUUAUAAAGCAAGAGUAUAUUUUUGGAUUGAUGAGACAGUUGGACGUAAUGAUAUUAAUUGGGAGGUUGUUACAGGGUAUUUGGAUGAAGAUAAUGGCAUUGGGGAUGUUGUUGAUGCUAUCAUUUUUGUAUUUAGGAAAGACGAGCCUUCAACUUUUGAAGAUAUUCAUACAUUUUUACCUUUUAUUAAAAGAUAUGAACCGGCAAUAACAUUAGCUGUUGGAACGGGAAGAUCUAAUGAUGAGAAUGGAUUUGAAUAUGUUGACUUGGAAGAAACUAAAUCUCAAGAUGCGAUAGAGCGUGUUGGAAUAGAUCGUAUUCUAGAAGCACUUCAAUCUCAUAUGUGGGAAGAAGAUGAGGAUGAUGACAAUUAUCACAAAGAACUUUACGAAGCAAUGUCGAACUUAAAUUUUGAACAAAAAAAUACAAAUAAAGAAGGAUUGAUGUUAUUAAAAAGUGACGACGAAGAAGAAGGAGAAGGAGAGUCGACACAAAUUGAAGGCUCUGAUGAUGAUGAAUUUUAUGGAGAUUCAAUGGUAAAUCAAGAAGAAGUAGAAUUAAUGUAUGAUCAAAUAUUUGGUGAUUUUGAAGAAGAAGAUGGAUUGGACAAAGUAUUAUCAAAAUUAAAUAAUCUAAGAGAAAAAGGUAAAAUGCUACCAGAUAAUGAAAGAAGAAAGUUAGCAGCAAGCGUUGCAUAUUCAUUUAGCAAACAUAUGGGCGAAUAA